CUGUCAGCAGAGGCUGUAAAUGCAAGUGGGUAACACAUAGGCUAAUAAAGUGAUUUUUACGUUAAUUUUGUCCUUUUAAAUAUUCAACUUUCUGAUUGACAUCAUAGGAGCACGGGAAUUAGGUAUUGUCCAAUAUCCAGUCACUAUAACAUUCCCGUAGCUGUAUUACUGUAACAUAACUUCCAGCGACAUUCAAGUUUCAAGUCCGUAUGCGAAAAUAUAUUUUAACCAAGUGAGCACUUUAAUAUUAUCAUUAUUGUUAUUCUUGUUGUUAUUAUGAGUAUGUGGGACUGUUGGUGGACUCGCAGUGUGUCAGGGGCAGAGAGCUCUGGCCGGUCCUGACCGUCCUGCCCCAUACCAGACACCAGAUGACGCUCUUGUCUUACUGUCCUGCCCUUUUUUGCGCUAAAGAUCCCUGCCUGGUCCUCAACAACCAACAGCUCAAAGUUUACCGGACACGUUUCUCCUAUUCAUCAAUAUCCCCAUUGAGUAUCAAAGCCAAUUUAUGACUGGCCAACAUGUGCACGUGAUCCCAUACAAAUACCCCAUAUUUGGGCAGCGCGCGUCGGAUCAAGAAUUAAAAAAAAAAGAUACCAAAGCCUACUCCACCUAUAAAUCCUGGAUUAUUUUUUUAGGGCAGACAGCUCUGAAUUUUCUUAAAGCGGCUACAAAGAAAAGCAAUGAUCAACAAAAACAAGGAAAUAACCGCAACAUACAUCCCGCAGCCCUCUCUAGUUUAAAAACAAAGUAUCGGUGAUUGUUCAAAAUGAGCUCUUAUGUUGACAGCUCCAAUCUCAGGCAAACAAGCGAGACAACUUCUCCUAACACUAUGUUUAGUUUCGAUCUAUCUGGGCGCAGGUCCAGCCGUUAUGAGGGUGUUAAUGUGAACGGGAUAUUCACUUGUCCCGUCCCCACGACCUCUGUUGAACGGGAGGAGAUGAAAACUAGCCUGCGUGGCAAUGCGGAUACUCCUCUCCCGUCAGGACCACAGAUAACCAUGGUCUCCAGUAGCUCUUCCGUGGAUGCAAGCGGGCUCAACUACGGCGGCAGCACGCUGCUGGGACUAGGCGCAGACAGAGACCCGGAGAGGAGCGCGAAAUCCGGCGGCAACAAGAGCCAGGAGAGCGAGAGAAACGCGGAGAACACGCAAGCGGUGAAACGAAACACAAAAGUCAGCCAGCGCCAGGACAGUGAGCAGCGGCCACAGAUUUACCCAUGGAUGACAAAACUGCACAUGAACCACGAAUCGGAGGGUAAGCGGUCCAGGACCAGUUACACCCGCUACCAGACUCUGGAGCUGGAGAAAGAGUUUCACUUCAACCGGUACCUGAGCCGCCGCAGGCGCGUAGAGAUCGCCCACACCCUGUGUCUAAACGAGAGGCAGAUCAAAAUCUGGUUCCAGAACAGACGAAUGAAGUGGAAGAAGGACUCAAAGAUCAAAGUGAAGGAAUAAAAGUGCACCAGUGAGAACGGGGUGCAUGAAGCACUUUUUCAGCCCCACUCUGCACAGUGCUGGAGUGCCGCCUGACCUCCGGAUGAACUGCUAGGAGCAAUGACAUCAUGACACCGCUCUGUGUGCUUCAUCACCAAUUAUGUGUCACUUGCUGCAGUUUGGGACCUAAUGUAUUGAAUAUCACUCACUUUGAUCAAUCGGUUUACAUUUCUAAAUUAAUUUGCUGCCCAUGCGAUGAUAACCUCACUUUAAUGCACGAAGGGGACAAGAGGUUGAGGGGAGCUGGGUCCUUCACGCUGUAAGGCUUUUGGUCUGCAGUGCACUGAAGGCUGCACAAUGCUACUAAUAAUCUAUGUUUUUAAUUAGGAUAAAAGUAAUGGAGGCUGGGUGAUGGCCUGCAUCAUUUCCAACUCUACAUCAUCAUGUGAUAAAACUUAAAGGUCAACCUAUCAAAUAAAGACAAACAUAUUUCUGACUGCGUUGGAAAUCAUUUGAUUAGUUAAGUAGUUUACCACCAGUAAAAAAAAACUUACUUUUCCACCUCUUUCCUUUUCUUUUAAAUGUAUUCUCUAAUAUGUUGCAGUGCGAACGAGUUAGGUCGGAAUGUGUGAUGUGUUCAGUGAGCUAAUAUCUCUGGGAGUGGAUUUCAUGUUGUCUGUCAUAUCUUUGUGUAUCUAAAUCAUUAUGUAUAAUUCAGCGACUGUAUGUGAUAAUAUUGUGAUGUGCAAUGAGGCCCUUCCUUCUGCCCUCUGUAAAUUUAAGGCGCCUGGUUUACACAAUGCCUAGAAUAACUGAUAGGUGGCUUAACUGUUGAUUGUAACCAAUAAAGUCUCAUCAUUAAAAGUCA